AUGUCCAAACACCACCCAGACCUAAUCAUGUGUAGAAGACAGCCAGGAAUAUCAAUCGGGAGGCUAUGUGACAAAUGUGAUGGAAAGUGCCCUGUUUGUGAUUCCUAUGUGAGGCCACAGACGAUUGUUAAAAUCUGCGAUGAAUGUGCGUUUGGUACAUUCGGUGGUAAAUGUGUUAUUUGCGGUGGUCCAGGUAUUUCAGACGCAUAUUAUUGUGCAGAAUGCACCACACUCGAAAAAGAUAGAGAUGGCUGCGUGAAAAUUAUCAACCUCGGAAGUUCAAAGUUGGAUCUCGCGUAUCAGAAGAAGCAAGCAGGACAGAGAGUGCAUAGUAAUUUUAAUAUUGGCUAG